AUGCGAUUUAACAUAUAUUCAGCAUUAGCUUUGCUAUGUUUUUUCAUCACUUCAAUAACGGCAUUCUCAAAUACUGCCCCAUUAAUAAUAAAAUCAAAAUAUAAUCUUCAAAAAUUAAUACCAUCUUCAGAACAUAUAAUUAAAAAUUCACAAUUAGAAUCAAAUAUACCUAUGAUAUAUGCUACAAAUAACUUUCAAGAAGAAGCAAAUUUGAAUUAUCCUAAUAAAAUAGAUAAAACUGAUGAAAUUGUGUAUUUUCAAACUUCUUUAAGAGAUUGGAAUCAAAUUGAAGAUAAAUCUUUAUUAGAGAACGAAAAUUAUUAUUCAAUUGAUAAUGUAUUUUACAAAGACGAUUCACAAGUUGAUAUGAUACAAUUCGAAAUUAUCAAUGUCAAACCAGAGGUUUUGGAUUUUGAUUCAUUAAGUCAAUUCGUUUCAACAAUAAAUCAACCAAAUUCUUUCCCUAAAGAUUUCAUCUUACAAAUAAUCCCUGAUUUUAUAACUGAAAACAAUAGAUUUGAAAAAAUUGAAGAAAAAAUUAUUAAUUUAUUCAAUAAUGAACAUGAUAAGAUAGUUGUAAAAAAACAUGAAGAAGAAGAAGAUGAAUCAAAUAUUAAAAUACAACAAGAAAUAGAAUCAGAUUUUGCAGAAGCUAAUAAAUUAGCUGCAGAAGAAACUCAAUUAGUUUCUAUUUUCGAAGGAGGUGGUGAAAUUAAUGAAGAUUUAUCAAAUAAUGCCACAACCGUUAAGCAUGAUAAUUUAUUUACAAAUUAUCAAUUCUUUACAAGUGGGAUAUGGUCAGGAUUAAUUGUUUCUGGAUUUUUAUUGAGUAUCUUAUAUGCUGCUUUAAGUUGGCUUUCUGCUUUGGAAAUUACUUAUGCAUCAUUUGAAAAACCAGUUGAUUUUGAUAAAAAGAAUGAGUAA